UCAAACGAGCAGAAACUUUGAAACCGCGUCAGCUGCUGCUAUGACAACAGUGUGUGAAAGAUGGGAGGACUGACACCGCCAGGAAGAGCUUCAAAAUCAAGAGCACGACCCCGAAAAGCUCUGAAAUGUUCUGUACAACUUAAAGUCCAUGCUAUCACAUGUCCAGGGGUCUUGUUACCAUCUAAUGAGGAUAUUUACUUGAGUGUCCGGAUGAUGGGACAAUACCACAAAACAAAAUGUGUCCCAUAUGCCUUUCCUCUUGUGCUGCAUGAAAACAUGGUGUUUACUAAGACUUUCUCAGGAACAUUUGACCCUGGUGAUAUAGCUGAUCAUCUGGAGCAUGAUAUGACCUGUUUGGAGCUCAUCCAGCUUGUUCCCCCAGAGGGUGAAAUUCUGGCCACAUUUGAGGAGAACACCAGAGACUUCCUUUAUCCAGGCCUAAGCCUGAUUCCUCAAACCCCAGGUUCAGAGAGAGAAGUUCUCAUGAAGAAAUCUGCCUCGUUCCCGGGGAUUUCACCCAAAGUGGAAUUUUCAACCAUGUCUGUUAUUGAGGAGUGUGAUAUGAAAAGUAGCCAGACAGCCACCUCAUGGUCCCCUUACCAGGUGCUUUUGUUACACUUUCUUGAAGUUGGAAACAUUGCAGCUGGAAAUUGUCUUUUGUCACUUGGAGCUUCCGCCUCUAAAGCCUGUCACGUUAAACCAAAAAAGACAAAGUCAAGUGCAGCAGAACAAUAUGGCUACCAGAGGUCUACAGUUGCAUCACAGAGCCGCUGUCCAUCACCAUACACUCACCGAAAGAUGUGCCAACUCUCUGACGAUGCCACACAGCGUCUUCGCCACCUACAGCUCGGACCCUACACCUUUAAGAAAGACACAGCCCCUCAGCCGCCUUUCGUGGUUCCUUGUAGUCCCAACUCUUCACUAAUUGAAUCUCCAUCAUCUUCAGCUCUGCAGUCUUCACCUAAAAGAAACUCCUGCCUGCAGACAUCUGUAACAGGUCAUUCUGUGCGAGUGGGUCCUGUAUCUCCUGAAUUCAGAUCUAGACCAUUGCUUAGCAGUCCCUCUCACAGACGAAACCCAGCUUAUCAGUCCACCCCUGUGUCCAGCAGCCUCAGGGGCCAGAGUCCACUGUUUAGCCGCUCCACACUGAGAGAAAGGUUUCAGAGCCCAUCAAGUCCCUCUCAAGAGAUCCACCGACGGGUUCAGAAGAUUUUACACACUUAUGCCAUUCCCCGCAAGCUCUCCUUUGAGCAGCAGAGUGAAGAAUUUGGUCAGAAUGAACCUGGUCCCUCCAACCAUGACUUGACGCGUUACAGCCAUCUACAAGCAGACAGGGUUAUUCCUGGAGAGCCAUCUGUUCAUUUAGAUAACGGAACAUUCUGGACAAACAGAGCUGCCAAAUACACCGGGAAGUCCCACAGAGCAGUGUUUGAGGACAGCCUUGGCAAAAUCUACAAGAACCUGUACAGAAAAGCAUCAAGUCCCACACACAAUGACUCACAAAGCACCUGGACAUAGUCACCUAUCCAAGAUGGCUAGUUUUCCUUCGUAUCGGUUAUUUAUUUAUUUUGACAUGAUCCAAGCCGCAGUUUAUGUACUCGGAAGCCAUGAUUAAUAAUAUGUUCAUUCUUGUGUAAAUGUGCUGAUUAUUCAGGGAAAGAGCCAAAUAAGGCAGGGAUGCUAUUAGAGCAAGAUCAUUAACAACAGGAUGGUGUGGGUCACUGUUACCAUUCGUUUGGUUAAAAAAAAUAAGUAGGUUUUGUUCUAUUAUACUACAGCCAUUUACAUUUUUAUUUUCACGUUAUACCAUAACACAGCUAUUUUCCAUACUCCGGUGAAGUUAAGGCAGUGCUGUUUAUCCAGGUGCACUUUCAAAGCUAACGAUGUGUCGCAUUUUAACAGUUUAAAGUUGAUUUUGUCAUAAAACGUUCAAGUUAGUCCCUGUUAUUGCCUAAACACUAACAAGGUAUUUCUUUAGUCACUGUACUUAAAAAAAUAAAGUUAAAAUGUAAAUUUCUUUGUAAAACACAAUUUAACAAAAGUGGACCAAAGAGAUGUACAGUAAUAAAAGUAUAGCAACAUUUAA